CUCUCUCGUACCAAUUACCAUUAUUGCCACUUUCCUUCUUGAGUCAAACACCGAGACACAAAAAAAUGGCGUCAACGGUUGCCUCUUACCGAAUAAACUAUUCCUAUCUUCUUAAUCUCCUUGUGUUUCUGUCUAGCUUUCUCACUGCCUCUUCCGACCUCUCUUUUAACUUCUACGCCGCUUCUUGUCCAGUAGCAGAGUUUCUCGUCAGAAACACCGUUAGAUCUGCUUCCUCUUCCGAUCCAACUAUCCCCGGGAAACUCCUCCGUCUCCUCUUCCACGACUGUUUCGUCCAGGGUUGUGAUGCGUCAGUGUUGAUACAAGGGAAUAGCACGGAGAGAAGCGAUCCAGGAAACGCGUCACUUGGAGGAUUCUCAGUCAUAGAGAGAGCUAAGAAUGCCAUCGAGAUUUUCUGUCCGGCCACUGUUUCAUGCGCUGACAUCGUCGCACUUGCUGCUCGAGACGCCGUCGAAGCUGCGGGAGGACCGGUGGUUGAGAUUCCGACAGGGAGGAGAGACGGGAAAGUGUCGGUGGCUGCAGACGUAAGACCGAACAUAAUUGACACAGACUUCAGUCUUGACAAAAUGAUCGAUGCCUUCUCCUCUAAAGGCUUGUCGAUUCAAGAUCUCGUCGUUCUCUCUGGAGCACACACGAUUGGGGCUUCCCACUGUAAUGCAUUCGAUGGAAGGUUUAAACGAGACCCGAAAGGAAACUUAGAGCUAAUCGAUGCGUCUCUCGACAACUCCUACGCAGAGACACUAAUGAACAAGUGUUCAUCGUCAUCGUCUUCGUCUUCACUGACGGUGAGCAACGAUCCAGAGACAUCGUCGAGGUUCGAUAAUCAGUACUACAAGAAUCUGGAAGCGCACAAGGGUUUGUUCCAGACGGAUUCUGCUCUGAUGGAGGAUGAACGGACGAGGAAGAUGGUGGAGGAUCUGGCGAGUGAUGAGGAAAGCUUUUUUCAGAGAUGGAGAGAGUCGUUUGUGAAGCUGAGUAUGGUUGGUGUCAGAUUUGGUGAAGAUGGUGAAAUAAGGCGCUCUUGUUCUUCCGUUAAUUAAACACAUUUUGUGUUUGUUUUAAUUAAUUUGUCCGAUUUGGGGAUAUUUAUAUUCGUUUACUAGUUUGGUUGCUCUGCUUUUCAUUAGUUUUCUAUGAUCAUGUACGUAAAUGUCUUUGUUUAGUUGUUAAGUACUUUUUCUUUUCUUUUUUUAAUAUCCAGUUCUAUGAAUAAUAAUAACCAUUCAAUU